AUGCCGGCGCUGGGGGUGGCGCGGGACCGGGAGGCCUACCACCACCUGCUGCGCCUGCUGCCCCGGGGGGUCUGGGUGCCCCGCGGGCCCUUCCAGCGCCUGCUGGCUCCCUUCCCCCGACAGCAGGAAUGCGGCCUCCAGAUCCUGGAGCAGAUGGAGCGAUACGGCGUGAUACCGGAUGCGGAGACACGGUUUCUGCUCCUGGGGGUCUUCGGGCCCCACAGCCGCCCUGUGCGCAAGUGUCAGCGGAUGCUGUACUGGCUGCCAAGGCUGCGCCAUGUGGACCCCCACCCCCUGCCCCCCAGCCUGCCCCCCUCUGGCCUGGCCACCGCCCACCUGGGCCUGCGCCGUAUCGCCAACGAUCCCGAUGCCCACGUCACUGUCUACCAGCGGCCAGUGCCGGAUGAGGGGGACGACGAGGGCUCCAUCCAGCCCUACAUCGUCGGUGCCCAGAGCCCGGACCAGCAGGAGCUGCUGUCCCAGCAUGGUCCGGCACGGCCCGUCUUCGUGGAGGGGCCGUUCCCCCUCUGGCUGCGCAGCACCCGCCUGAGCUACUACGUGUUGCGGGGGGACCCCCUGCCCCCCCACCUGCGGGAGGACCCCCCAGACCCAGAGCGCAGCCUGUACUACCCCCUGCACCUUGACCUGGACCUGGAGCGCGGCCCCUGGGACGACGACGACUUCGAUGUGGAGGAGGUGGAGGAGGGCCCUGUCUUUGCAAUGUGCAUGGUGGGGGCAGGCGACCGGCACACGCUGGGCAAGUGGAUUGCAGGGCUGCAGGAGGUGAACCCCGUCCUGGGGCGCACCCCGGUCGUCUUCCGCCUGGGGGAUGGGGAACCCACCACAGCUGGUGCCCCGGGAGGUCACCCUGUGCCCCGUCUGGAGGCAGCGCCUGCCCGACCCGUGGUGCUGGGGCCCCCCGACCCGCCACGGGGGCACGGGCACAGCACCAGUGGUGAUACCAGGAGCGGUGGGGGGCCGGGUGCUCCCCCCGCAGCCCCGGGGGAAUAA